GCCCAGGGCAGAGCCCCCUUCGCCCCCUCCUGGAGCUGGCUCCCAGCUAAGCACGGGGAACGGCAGGGACAGAAGCCCCUGAUCUCCCUCUGUGGCAGCGGUUGUGCUGAAGCUCGGUGCUGCAAACCUUUUCCAUCCUGCUUGUGCUGAGCAACAGGGCUCCGGGGGGGCAAAAGCAGCAUCUCCUGCUGUCCCCACUGCUCCUGCUUCUCCCCAGAUUUCAUCCUAUUGAUUUAUGACAGGUGCAGAUGGACCAAGAAGUCCCUUUUCCAUCCCUCUCGCUGUUCCCACUGCACGGUGACACGCGUGUGCCCACAUCAUUCACCGCAGCUGCGGCCACACGAUGCCCUCCCUCCAGCUGGAGCUGCCCUGGCCUCGCUGCACCACCAGCCUAGAAGUGUUUGGUACCAGUCUCUUGGCAAAAGAGCCUGAGGAAUGGAGGGGUAAAGAAAUACGACCCAGCUGCUAUGCACAAUGAGGAAAUGCUCCAGGAGAAAAGCCUGUCUGAAACCGAGGAAGGGUUUCCAACAGCCCCCGCGCCCGGCCAUGCGGACUCCUCCGCCGGUUCCCCCGUCCUCGGCGUAGCCGGGGGGAGCAGCACGCCGCUCAGCAGCCCGCAGCUCCCCGACCCCGAGCAGACAAUAGAAAAUAUCAAAGUCUAUCUCCAUGAGAAGGAGCUAUGGAAGAAAUUUCAUGAAGCUGGCACCGAAAUGAUAAUAACCAAAGCAGGCAGGAGGAUGUUUCCUAGUUACAAGGUUAAAGUGACCGGAAUGAAUCCCAAGACCAAGUACAUCCUGUUGAUCGACAUUGUCCCGGCUGACGACCACCGGUAUAAAUUCUGUGACAAUAAAUGGAUGGUGGCCGGGAAGGCAGAGCCAGCCAUGCCGGGGCGGCUGUACGUGCACCCCGACUCCCCCGCCACGGGAGCACACUGGAUGCGGCAGCUGGUGUCCUUCCAGAAGCUAAAACUCACCAACAACCACCUGGAUCCCUUUGGACAUAUCAUUCUUAAUUCAAUGCAUAAAUACCAACCACGACUGCAUAUUGUGAAGGCGGACGAGAACAAUGCUUUCGGGUCAAAGAACACAGCCUUCUGCACCCACGUUUUUCCGGAGACGUCCUUUAUAUCGGUGACUUCCUACCAGAAUCACAAGAUAACCCAGCUGAAAAUUGAAAACAACCCCUUUGCCAAGGGAUUCAGGGGGAGCGACGACAGCGACCUGCGCGUGGCACGACUGCAAAGCAAAGAAUAUCCAGUAAUUUCCAAAAGCAUCAUGAGGCAGAGGUUGGUGUCCAGUCAUGGCCAGCUUUCAACAAAGCCAGAUGUUAACCCACUUCAUGGGAAUCACCAGACCCUUCAACAUUAUCAGUAUGAGAACGGUGCUCACAUGCAGUUUGCAGCUUCAGAUACUCAAGAUCUGCCACUCAACACCUUCACAGCACAGAGAGAUUCAGGGCUCUUCUAUCAUUGCCUAAAAAGAAGAGAAAGUGCUCGGCACCUGGACCUGCCCUGCAAACGCUCCUACCUGGAAGCCUCCUCUUCCGUAGGAGACGAUCACUAUUUCCGUUCCCCACCUCCGUACGACCAGCAGAUGCUAAGCCCUUCCUAUUGCAGCGAGGUGACUCCGAGGGAAGCGUGCAUGUACUCUGGUUCUGGGCCUGAAAUUGCUGGUGUCUCAACGGUGGACGACUUGCCGCCUCCGCCUCCCCCCUUGAGCUGCAAUAUGUGGACUUCUGUCGCACCUUACACCAGCUACAGUGUUCAGACAAUGGAAACUGUCCCUUACCAGCCUUUCCCUGCUCAUUUUACUGCCACCACCAUGAUGCCGCGGCUCCCGUCCAUCACGGGUCAAGGCUCGCAGCCACCAGGUAACAGCCACUUCAGUGUCUACAACCAGCUGUCCCAGUCUCAGGUUCGGGAGCGCGUUCCUUCUUCAUCUUUCCCGAGGGAAAGGGUGCACCCAUCUGUGUGCGAGAGAAAACCCCCCUCUCCGCACCUAAACGCGGCGAACGAAUUCCUGUACUCACAAAGCUUUUCCUUGUCGAGGGAGUCGUCGCUGCAGUAUCAUUCAGGGAUGGGGACUGUGGAGAACUGGACUGACGGAUGACUCUGACAGCCAAGCGAUGCCACAGCCAACGUUACUGCUCCAGGACAGUGUUCAAUCAGUGUUGAUACCUGUGGGUAACUUGCACUUCGGUGAGACAAAUGUGCAUUUCCAGAGGGAUUUGUGUGGGUGAAGAGCUCGUGUCUUCAGACACACAGAGAAUUCCAUCUCCUGUCUCGGUGGGCUGGAUUCAUCAGUCUCUUACUGACUCCCAAAUAAAUUAAUUCUCGCGUCUUCAUUACUGAUCCAGUAGAAACCAUCUUCAUGGCUAACAAGUGAAGUAGCUAGUCAUUUUCUUUUGCUUGUAAUAUUAAACAUCCAUGAGCAAAUUUUGGCUAUUUGGGAAAGAUACGAGCUUCACUUUCAUGGUACUUCAUUCAUGAAGUCACAGCAUCCCAAAACUCAAAGGAAAAAGCGAUCUGUUCGGUUGUGUAGUUCAAGGACUGCUGUAGCAGCACCUCUUUAGCUCUUUUUAUCUGUAGAAAUUACUUCUUCCUCUGGAAGUGACGGAGCUGUAGGAGCACAGGGGCCUGCGGGGAGGCUCGGCGGUGGGGUCAGGGAGCUGCGGUGCCGCUCCGGUACCUCCCCGGCGCAGCGCAGGGUUCGUGCCAUGGCGUGGAGAGGAGAAGGCACCGAUGCACAAAUGUCUCUUCUUCUCCCCACAACGCCAUCGUUUGUGGCUGUGGGAAAUGAGGAAGUGAAGCGUUAUGCUCGAGGCCAAACAGCAAAUUAAUUGCAGCGUUAGGAACACACCCAGUGUCUUCAGACUCCCAUCCGUUGAUUGAAUCACACUUGCUUAUUGCAAUAUAUUUAUGAAGUUUAAGCUUAAAAGUCGCUAAUACUUUCCAGAAACGAUUUCUGUAUUUGCUGGUCCUUGAUUUCUUUCGUAUUCAGCUGAAAUGCGCCUUUUGUGCUAUGUUUUUUUCUUUUGCAGCUAACUCGGAAAGAAUUGUUUUCAGCAUAAAGGAGGCAUAGAGGAAUAUUUUCUUAAUUGUGGGGUGGGAAGACUUCCCAUUACCUGUCAGGCUUUACAGUGUACAAAUAUUUGUAGAACAGGUAAAAAUCUGUAACCAGUGUAUACAUUGCUACUAUUGUUUACUGUGGAAGUAUCUUGAACUGACUCCUUCAGCGCUGGCUUUGCCUUCUGGACCGUCCCUGCGAGGUAAGGAGGGAUCACUCGGCGACAGCCACGGCGCGAAACAGCCUCGCGUGGGAAAGCAAGCUGCGCUCUUUCUGGAACGAAACUCCCGUUGCCUUCACCCAAAAAACUCCUGAGCUGGGAUGCGUCCUCCUCCGGUCUGCAGCGUGUCCAUCCCGCCGAGCUCCCAGGCGACGCUGUCCCAAGGGAUGGCGACACAGAGGUGAUGCUGGCAGUUUGGUUCCACUAAAGAGCGCAAUAUUUAAGAUUUAGUCAUGUGCAGCGGGGGUUCCCCCCGCCCCCCUUCCCCGGCCCCCGCUUCCCAAAUGGGCAAAGGCAAAAAAAGCUGAAAUACAAAUUUGGAAGUCGGGACGUACUUCUGCAUUUUGAUGAAUCCAUUCCAAUGAAGAGAGGCUGAUGGAUGAGGGCGGCUGCUUGCAGCGAGGACCCUGAGGCCACUAAAGUGGAAGUCACGUUUCAACCAGGACAAUCUCAUACACCCAUUCAGCAGACUAUGUGUGUGACUGGUGUGGAUUUUGUAAUCAGAUUUUGGAAAUCACUACAAUUUUUGCAUGCUGAAUAGCUAUUUAUAUACAUAUAUAUUAUAUAUAUAUAUAUAUAAAAAUAUAUAUAUAUCACAAAUGCAGGCCACGUGUCCAAUUCAGCUUUGCUUUUUACGAACGAAAUACUUAAUAAAAAUGAAUGUUGCAAGGUUUUUUUGGAAAGACAUCUAUUUAAGAUUUUUUUAUUACACACCUUUGAUGUAAAAACUAAGAAUUGGUUAGAUAAAAAAACAUAUAUACUACAGAUAAAUCUUUAUUAGAAACCACAUUAGAUACAGGUGGUAUGGAAUUUUUAAAUGUUUGUUACAUAGCAUGGACAUUUUAUUUUACAUAUCAGAACAUAAAGUCAUUUUACUACUAUAAGCUGUCUCUGGGUGCAUUUCAAUAAUUAGCAUAAAAAUGUUCCAUGGUGAAUUACUGGAUGCCUCGUCUCUCUUCUGUCUCCUACUGUCCGAGUAUACCAAUCUCACACUUUCCCAAGGUGCACAUUUGACCCUUUUUUUACCAUCUCAAAGCUACACUAUCAAACUUUAACUGCCCACUGCAAGACUAAAGGGGUUUUGGUUUGUUUGUGAUUGAUAGCUCAUGUUUCUUUUUUUUUAAUGGACACAUGAAUUGAUCCGAAUACACCGAGCACUACUAGGCUAAGUUAAAAGCAGCCACUGGCCCGAUAACAAGAGCAUGAAAAUGAUGUUCCAGUACUUACAGGCAGAUCAGUUACAGUGACAAUAGUGAAGAAUUAAAGGUUGGAGGUGGGGGGAGAGGUCUGAGGGUGUCACUACCCAUAAUUUGAAAUGCUCAGUUCAUUUCUCAUAGUGACACUGAAUCAACACUAAACGAGACAAAUGCUGCCACUAUAACCUAAAAAUUAAUGGAGUCAGCAGUCCAGAGUCCAAAUGACAAGCUAGACUGGAUCUUUUGCCUGUUUUACAAAUAUGAUUAGCAGGAUAACAAUGUCAUGUUUAAUGAAUAAUCAUUGCUUCUAUUUUUAACCAUUUUUCAUAUACCAUCUGCUCACCAAUGCAAUAUUUAUAGAUUUAAGGCAGUGUAAAAAGUAACUCCUGUAAGAAUUGUUCCAGCUUGCAGUUAAUGCAGAGGAUGUAGAGGAGACUUGAACAUGUAAUUAAUCCAAGUUUUAACUUGCGAGCACACAGCAGGCAGUGCUGCCAGCCUUCAUAAAGGGCACAGCCGAGGCUCAGUCCCAAGCCAGCCACUGGAGCUGAGUGUGUGCCUUGUGAAACCCUGUGGCAAAUAACAAGCUUUUAGUUAUGAAAAUAGGACAGGAUAUUUGCAAGUACAAAACCUGAUUGUGAAAGGCUGAGUUAGCACAUAAAUGUGCAAAAUUUGGGUAUAUGCUAAUCUGGUCAUCUGGCCUCCUUUUAUAGUCAAUACAGAGAGAUCAGA